AUGGCGCGCCUCUCAGCCUGGGCGCUUCUCGCCGCCCUAACCACAGCCGCACCCACAGCCUCCCCACAGAACAACACGAACCACACCAUCACAUGGACACCCUGCUCGCCUUCACUCAACACCUCCAAUACGACCAUCAUCGAAUGCGGCAGCCUCGCCGUCCCGCUCGAUUGGGCUACCCCACACGGCCCCCAAAUAACAAUCGGCCUCAACCGCUUGCUCGCCCGUGACCCGGCGAAGCGCAUCGGAAGCGUCGUCUUCAACCCCGGUGGGCCGGGCGGCGUCGCGACCGAUGACAUUACGCGAGAGGCUGCUGCCGAAUUGGAUGGGAUUGAUGUUGGUAUCUUUACGCCCGGCGUGCGUGAUAGUUUUGACAUUGUGGGUUUCGAUCCGCGGGGUGUGGGCUCCAGCAAUCCACCGGUGCGCUGCAAUACGACAUUAUGGAACGAGCGGGUUACGCUAUUCCCGACCAAUGAGACGGAAUUUGAAAAGAUGGUUGCACACAACAAGGCGUUGGGGGAGAGUUGUUUCGAGCUUACGGGCCCGUUGUUCGCGCACUUGGACACGACGAGCGUGGCUCGCGACCUCGAGGCCGUGAGGCAGGCCCUCGACAACGGCGCAAAGCUCAACUUCCUCGGCCUCUCGUACGGCACCCAGAUCGCUGCCGCGUACGCGGAGCUCUUCCCUGAAAACAUCCGCGCCAUGGCACUCGACGGCAACGUCGACCACAGCACCUCUGAGACAUCGACCCUCUUCGCCGAAGCAUGGACCUACGAGACGGAGCUCACGCGCUUCGCGGUCUGGUGCGCCAACGCGACUAAGGAAGACUGCGUCCUCUACGACCGCGACGUCCUUGACCUCUGGGACAAUGUCACCGCUGCAGCCGACAAGAAACCGAUCCCGGCGCCCGCAUGCACCGUCUCAAAUGCCUGUCGCGCAGACGUCACAGGCGAAGAGAUCCGCCAGAAUGCGCAAGGGUGGCUGAGCUUCAAAUCUGCGGCGCCGUUGCUGGGGCUCGGGGGGUGGGGCGGGCUCGCGGGCGCGCUGGCGCAGGCUGCAGCGGGGAACGCGUCGUUGCUUUCUACGCCGGUUGUGCACAGUAAUACCAGCGUCCUGUUUCCGAGCCUGGCGGUGGGCUGUCUGGACUGGGAGCAUGGGGCGCGCGAGUUUGCGGAUCUGGCGUAUAAAGAGGCUAUGGGGAGGGUGAUUGCGCCACAUACGUGGGGUAUGUCGCAGUCGUAUAGCUACCAGGCGGGAUGCCUUGGCUGGCCGGUGCCGGUGACCAAUCCGCAGCAUUUGGCAAACGCGAGUAUGACGGCGAAGGCGCCGCCGCUGCUGAUGGUGAACUCGGAGUGGGAUCCCUCGACCUCGUAUAUCUGGGCCGAGGGGCUGCGGGAGCAGUUGCCCAGCGCAGUGUUGUUGACGAGGGAGGGGGAUGGGCAUAUCUCGUAUAUUCUGGGAGGCGAGGCGGCUAAGGUGAUUGAUCGGUAUUUUGUGAAUUUGACGUUGCCGGAGGACUAUGCUACUGUGGAGAAUUAA